UUUUUUUUUUUUUAAAUGAGUCAUCACCAUAACCCUUUUGUUAAAAAGCUUUUGGCACUUUUCAAAAAGACACAUGAAGAUGACAAGGAUAAAGAGUCAUCAAAAUACCCAUCUGCUCUGAACGCUAAAUAUGAAAUAGGAGAAAAGACAUUAGGUGUAGGUUCCUUUGCAGUUGUAAAGGAAUGUACUAAUCGAAUAACAAAUGAAAAGUGUGCAGUCAAGAUCAUCUUGAAAAAAGUAAUUGCAGGCAAACAACAAAUGCUAGAUAGUGAAUUAGAUAUAUUAACAAAGGUACAUCAUGAACAUAUUGUUUCUAUGCAUGAUAUUUUUGAAUCAAAUGAUGCAGUUUAUAUCAUUACUGAUCUCUGUACCGGAGGAGAAUUAUUUCAACGUAUCGUUGAAAGAGGAACAUAUACUGAAGCAAUGGCUGCAGAUCUUGUUCGACAAAUAUUAGAAGGACUAGCUUAUUUACAUUCAUUAGAUAUUGUACAUCGUGAUAUUAAACCUGAAAAUUUAUUAUUUAAAACACCAGAAGAAGAUGCAGAGUUAUUAAUUACAGACUUUGGUUUAUCAAAACUAUUAAAGAAUAAUAAUGAAGUAUUAACAACAGCUUGUGGAACGCCAGGCUAUGUUGCCCCUGAAGUACUUUUAGGUACAGGGCAUGGUAAACCAGUUGAUCUUUGGAGUGUUGGUGUUAUUAUGUAUACUCUUUUAAGUGGCUAUACGCCUUUCUAUGGUGAAGAUCAGAAUGAAUUGUUUGAUUCUAUCAUGAAGGCUGAGUAUGAAUUUGAUGAAGAAUACUGGGGAGAUAUAUCAAUUGAAGCCAAGAAUUUGAUUAAUAAGUUAUUAACUUUUAAUCCUACAGAACGAAUUACAGCAGAAGAAGCCCUUCAUGAUAUUUGGAUUACAGGAGAAACUGAUAAUGAUAUUAACUUGGCACCCAACGUGCGUAAAGGUUUUAAUAACCGUAGAACACUUAGAUCUAUUGUUGCUGCUGUUACUGCUAUCAAUAAAUUAAAGUUGGAAGAUUAAAUAAUGACAACAAUAUACACGUUUUUAUUUAUUUUUUUAUUGGAAUCCAAUAUUUAUAGUGUAUUCCUAUUUUUAGAAAAUGUGUGUUUUUUGUGGUUUUUUUUUGUGUGUAUUUUUUUUUAAGCUUUUUUCUUCUUUUUACUUCAUAAACAUAUUUUUAUUAUUAUUUUUAUUAUUAUUACAUGAAUUCAGGAUUUAAUUAUACAGACUAUCCUGUUAUUGUAGGAAUAGAUUUUGGUAAAGUAUUUU